UUUUCUCUCCUUCUUCUUCGGCGUUGAGCUCUUCGGCAUUGUUGUCUCCACUGCCGCCAACCUAAAACCCUCGGGGAACCGAUCCAGAACCCUAGCUGGGGGUCAGCGAUUGGUUCCCUCUUGCCGCUGGCUGAUAAAGAUCCCGGGAUCCCGCCGCCAUGGAUCUCACCGGCCUCGCCGUUGUCCUCCGUUCCGCGCUCAGCCACAUCCCCGAGGAGCGGAAGGCCGCGGAGGAGAGCCUCAACCAGUUACAAUAUAUGGAGCAACAUUUGGUGAGGUUAUUGCUGAUCAUAAUUGAUGGUGGUUGUGAUAUGGCUGUACGACAAGUGGCCAGCAUUCAUUUCAAAAACUUUGUAGCUAAAAACUGGUCACCUCAUGAACCCGGGGAGCCACAGAAAAUAUUAGAAAGUGAUAAGAGAGUUGUCCGUGAUAAUAUCCUUCGAUUUAUUGCUCAGAUUCCUCCUUUGUUAAGAGCACAACUUGGAGAAUGCUUAAAAACUAUCAUCCAAGAUGAUUACCCAGAACAGUGGCCAAGUCUUCUUCACUGGAUAAAGUGCAAUUUACAAUUGCAAGAUCAGCAAGUAUUUGCAGCUUUAUAUGUAUUGAGGGUUUUGUCUAGGAAAUAUGAGUUCAAGUCUGACGAUGAGCGGACACCACUUCAUCUCAUUGUUGAGGAUACAUUUCCUCUGCUGUUGAACAUAUUCAAUAAACUUAUUCAGAUUAUGAACCCCUCAAUUGAAGUAGCUGUUCUUAUCAAGCUCAUAUGCAAAAUAUUCUGGUCAUCUAUAUAUUUAGAGAUUCCACAAAAGCUACUUGAUCCCAAUGUAUUCACUGCAUGGAUGGUUCUAUACUUGAAUUUAUUGGAGAGACCUGUUCCUUUGGAAGGUCAGCCAUGUGAUCCUGAUCUAAGGAAAUCUUGGGGAUGGUGGAAAGUUAAGAAGUGGACUGUUCACAUAUUAAAUCGUUUAUAUACUAGGUUUGGAGAUCUGAAGCUUCGGAAGGCAGAGAGCAAAGCAUUUGCUCAAAUGUUUCAGAAGAGUUAUGCUGGUAAAAUUUUGGUAUGCCACUUACAGUUGCUUGGUGUUCUUCGUACAGGCGGUUAUCUGCCUGAUAGGAUUAUCAACCUUAUACUUCAAUAUCUCAGCAGCAGUGUUUCAAAGAACAGUAUGUAUCAGUUGCUGCAACCACAGCUUGACAUUCUUCUUUUUGAGAUCAUCUUUCCUCUGAUGUGUUUCAAUGACAAUGAUCAGAAGUUAUGGACUGAAGAUCCACAUGAGUAUGUCAGAAAGGGUUAUGAUAUUAUUGAAGAUCUAUACAGUCCUCGAACAGCAGCCAUGGAUUUUGUGAGUGAAUUAGUGAGAAAACAUGGAAAAGGGAACCUACAGAAACUUAUUCAUUUCAUUGUGGAGAUUUUUAAGAGAUAUGAUGAGGCACCUAUUGAACUUAAACCAUAUCGUCAGAAAGAUGGUGCUCUUCUAGCUAUUGGAACAUUAUGUGAUAAACUGAAGCAAUCCGAGCCUUACAAAUCAGAGCUAGAGCGGAUGUUAGUUCAACAUGUUCUUCCUGAGUUCUCAAGUCCUGUUGGUCACCUUCGAGCAAAGGCAGCAUGGGUUGCUGGGCAAUAUGCACAUAUCAACUUCUCUGACCAGAACAAUUUUCGGAGAGCCUUUCACUGUGUUGUUUCUGGAAUGCGGGAUCCAGAGCUUCCUGUGCGUGUUGAUUCAGUUUUUGCUUUGCGCUCAUUCAUUGAGGCUUGCCAAGAUCUAAAUGAGAUCCGACCAAUUCUUCCUCAAUUACUUGAUGAGUUCUUUAAACUUAUGAAUGAGGUUGAGAAUGAAGACCUUGUCUUCACUCUUGAGACCAUUGUGGGCAAGUUUGGUGAAGAGAUGGCUCCAUAUGCUUUUGGCUUGUGCCAGAAUCUGGCUGCUGCAUUUUGGAAGUGCUUGAAUACAUCUGAAGCAGAUGAAGAAGCUGAUGAUUCAGGUGCUUUAGCUGCUAUUGGUUGUUUGCGUGCCAUAAGCACAAUCCUGGAGUCCAUUAGCAGUCUUCCACAUCUUUUUGCUCAAAUUGAGCCUAUUUUACUGCCUAUAAUGCAGAGAAUGCUGACUACGGAUGGUCAAGAUGUUUUUGACGAAGUUCUGGAACUUGUUUCUUAUAUGACAAUUUUCUCCCCAACAAUCUCAUUGGACAUGUGGAGUCUUUGGCCUUUAAUGGUAGAAGCACUUGGAGACUGGGCUAUAGAUUUCUUUGAAAAUAUGCUUGUUCCUCUGGACAACUACAUAUCCAGGAGUACAGCUCAUUUCCUUACAUGCAAAGAUCCAGAUUACCAGCAAAGCCUGUGGAAAAUACUUUCAACAAUCAUGUCAGAUAGAAAGAUGGAAGACAGUGAUAUUGAGCCUGCUCCUAAGCUGAUUGAAGUAGUAUUCCAAAAUUGUAAAGGUCAAGUGGAUCACUGGGUUGAGCCUUAUUUGAGGAUUACUAUUGAUCGACUGCAUCGGACAAAGAAGCCAUAUAUGAAAUGUCUUCUGAUGCUAGUGAUUGCUGAUGCUCUUUACUAUGAUGCCUCUUUGACUCUUGGGACACUGCAUAAGCUUGGAGUUGCUUCAGAUAUUUUCAAUCUCUGGUUUCAGAUGCUGCAAGACGUAAAAAAGAAUGGUAUGCGUGCAAACUUUAGAGGGCUACAUGAUAAAAAGGUUUGCUGCUUGGGAUUAACUUCACUUCUUUGCCUCCCUGUGGAUCACUUUCCUGGUGAAGCUUUAGAACGUGUCUUUAAAGCAACACUCGAUCUUCUAGUUUCUUAUAAGGGUCAAGUUGCAGAAGCUGAAAAGCUAAAUGAUGCUGCUGUUGAUAUGGAUGGUUUUGAUGCUGAUGAGGAAAACGAGGAAGAAGAUUCUGAUAAAGAAAUGGGAGAUGAUACGGAGGAUGGGGAUGAAGUGGACAGUCUAGAACUUCAGAAAUUGGCAACAGAGGCGAGAGGGUUUCAAUCAAAUGAUGAGGAUUACGAGACUGACGAUGAUUACAGUGAUUAUGAUGAUGACUCGCAAUCACCAAUUGAUGAAAUUGACCCUUUCAUUUUCUUCGUCGAAACUGUUCAUGCUUUGCAAGCUUCAGAUCCUACUAGGUUUCAGAACCUGAUGCUGACCUUAGACUUCCACUACCAAGCUCUUGCAAGUGGCAUUGCUCAACAUGCCGAGCAGAGAAGGACAGAUAUCGAGAAAGAAAAGCUGGACAAGGCAGCCACUCAGUGAAUAUCAUUAUAGUAAAAGAUUAAAAUAGUUUCAUGUUUCAUAUUGUCAGCGAUCUCUUAAAUGGAGGAAGAAUCUAAGGUAGUUCAUGGAGCCAUUUUCCGAGGUAUCAUUUGUCAGGACGAUUGUAGGCUCUGACAAUUUUGCUUCUCCUUUGAUGGAGAAUCCAGAUAACAGAUGCAUUUUUGUAAAUGCUAUGUUAUCUUCAAUUCUAUCAGCAAUUCUUUUGGUGGUCUCUUGGUGUGAGGGAUCACUGCCCAAUAAUAUCACCGAUUUUGUGUUCUUUUUUUUUUUUUCCCCCUUGGAAGCACAUAAGAUAUUAUUUACCUUCUGUCUAUGAAAGAGUCCAAUUAUGAGGGGAUUUAUUGCUUGAUCAUUCUGUGAAAGAAGGGGGCCAGCAAUAAAGGAUGUAUAUAGAGUCGUUUAUACCAAGGGAUGAUACUGAACUGACUCGGUUGCAAAGAUCUUUGAUAUUAAUAUUUGAAUUAUUAGUGUUUACUGCCUUGA